AUGUCAACAACAGAGAACACAACAACAGUUAUAGUCCAUGAAGCUAUAAGUGAAGAAUAUGAGUACAUACAGUUUAACAAACAGUUACGUCUCAUUCGUUCGGUCAAAGAUGACAUGUACCAAAUGCAAAGUAUUUUGACAGCAUGUUAUGCUCCAGACACUAAACACGCAGACGACUGGUUCAAAAACCAAAGCACACAAGAACUUUUGAGUGAAAUUUCUCUAGACCGAACUUUUUCGGUCUUGCAUAAAACACAUGAAAAUCGUAAAAAUUUGCCAAUAAAUUUAAGAGGAUAUUAUGUACAUAGACUUCUUGUAAAUGCAGUUGCAAUGUGGGCUUCGCCUCGUUAUGCUUGGCAUGUUUACAAACUUCUUGACGAAAUUCAUAGACAAGAACGUGAAGAGAUGGAAAAGAAACUUCAAGCAAAAGAUGAAGUCAUUGAAGCAAAAGACAAAAGCAUUCAGAAAAGAAUACCACGUUCGGUACCAAAAGGAAAGGAAAAGAACUAUAAGUAUAUGAUUUAUACUGAAGAGAUGGAAAAUGAAGAAGAUAAAGAUAUGGUUAUGUUGCAUUUAGUCAGAAGAAACAACAAAAGCUUUUACGACCUUGCUAAGAUUUACAAAUCUGACAGAAAUUGGUUCUAUCGCGAAAACUUACCGAUUUCAAUGACUCCAAAUGAAGAUGUGAAACAAAUAGUUCAAGAUACGUUACCUCAAACACACUAUGAUAUGAAAGGUUGUACAAUACUUACCUUCAAAGAAGACUUACCGCUACUGAAAGAAAAAAUAACAGAGUAUUUUGACAACUUCAAACAAGUAGGGUAG